AUGCCCAAAUUCUCCAAGCUUGUAAACCCUUGCAACCCACUUCGCAGGAUACUCCGUGAUGCAGUCAAAUCUAUGGAUGGACUCAGAUCUAUGGCAGUUGUAGGCAAGCUUCGUCGCGUUGAUUCUCGUCUAAGCAUUACUACCCGGCCUUUCGAGACAUCUAUCCCUCGUUCUCCUGGCACACGCUCGCGACGGUCGUAUUGCAUGGCCCUGCUCAAUGAGGUCGAUGACACAGUCAUUGUGACUGCACUCGAUUCACUCCCUUUUUGCUGUCACGCAGACCUGAUCACAAUGAACCGCUCGCAGCUGGUCGAUGUCGCACAAGUAUUCAAUCUUUACCUGCCCGCAGCGCUGCAGAUCGAUCUCGACCCAUCUCAACCAGAUGAUUAUAUCCGUAAUACUAUCGAGAUUCUCGUCGGUUUACGCCUCGGCCAGAACAAGGAACGAAACACACCUUCUCCAACACCACCUGCUGUUCCAUCUCGUGCUUCUUAUAUAUCUGUUGGCACACCCCUGCAUCCGGUUGUCGAAGAAGACGAGGGUUUUGCUUCUAUGCGUGCAAGGCGCCGCACAUCUUCAGAGCCGAGGCUUUCCCUUGCACCAGCGCCAGUCCCACGCCUGAUAAUCACCGAACCUGAUUCACCUACACCGAAGCGUGCACCUCGUUCCAAGAGUGCGAUGGUUCUGGGCUCUACUUGUGGCUCUGAAGAAAGCCAUAGCCCGGGUGGAAUCCCUCAUCAACCAGACAGUCUGCUCAAUGCAAUCCCGUCUCGCGCGCGUUAUCGUCCCAAAGUCCAUGAGCCAGUUUCGGCGUCUACCCCCAGCAUUCGUGCAGCAUCUCAGCCUAGCGUGACUGUUGAUGUGGGUUCUUAG